AUGGAUUCUAGAUUUCCACAAACAAUAACUGCACAAACAACACUAAAUAAUCACGUUACCGAUCUUGUUAUAAGUAAUUUUGCUAACAAACUUUUUAUAUCAGUAACUCAAUUUGGUAAAAUUGGAAGUUUAGUUCUCGUUCGUCGAGACGUUAAUCUAAACGAAGACUCAUCUCCAGUCUAUUCAAUAAAAUCUCUUCUUGGUAAAGACCAAGCUGAAUAUCAUAUUCUUGCUCGUCAUCUUUACGAACGAUUACAAUUAAAAAAACAACUUCUUUUUGGUUUCGCUUUACAUUCAUUUGCAAAACAAGAUCUUGAAGCUAUUGAAGAAUUCAUUUUGGGUGUUAUUUAUAUAACAUUACGUAGUGCAACAUGGGUACGUUAUGAUCGUCGACGACAGCAUGUUAAAACUUAUUCACGUGAUGAAAUUAAAGCUAAAGGUCUUGACUAUGUUGAACCAACAACACUAGAAGAAGAAUAUGAACAAAUGGUUAAAAAUCAAAAUUUAGAUGCAUGGGAACAAAAAAGAAUUGAACGACCAUGGAAAGAAGAAUCUGAUGAAUCUUAA